AGGGGAGCCUGGGAAGUUAGGAUGACACAGAUAGCAAGUCCUGGUCGGAGCUGCCGCUAAAUUUAGGAAAAACAGUGGUGUCCUCGACUUCCAAUCUCCUGGGGGGGCAGCCCUGGGGGGGAGGUGUCAGGGGCAUGGACGCCACCCCCCGGGGGGCCCUGCUGCUAUCUCCUCUGCUCCCCAUGCACUGACACUAUUCGAGGUGUUGGGAAUACAAAGACAAAAAAUGAUCAGUCUUUGUCCUCAAGGAUCCCACUCUUAGAGCUGGAAGGGACUUUGAAGAUCAUCUUAGUCAAACCCACCGUUUGACAGCUGAGGAGCCUGAGGCCCAGAGAGGUGAAGCCAGUGUCACCUUGCCCAAGGUGACAGAGCCUCCGAGGGGCGUCGCUGCUGACAUGGCCCAGGAAAACUCGGCCUUCUCCCCUGGGCCCGAGGAGCCCCCCGCGGGUCUCCCCCGCGCCCUGGCGGCGCGCGCCGAGCCCCGCGAGCCCCCGGAGCGGCCGCCCCGACGGGGCCGCCAGCGCUACGUGGAGAAGGACGGCAAGUGCAACGUGCAGCAGGGCAACGUGCGGGAGACGUACCGCUACCUGACGGACAUCUUCACCACGCUGGUGGACCUGCAGUGGCGGCUCAGUCUGCUCUUUUUCGUGCUCGCCUACGCGCUCACCUGGCUCUUUUUCGGCGCCAUCUGGUGGCUAAUCGCCUACGGCCGAGGGGACCUGGAGCAUCUGGAAGACACGACGUGGACGCCGUGCGUGAACAACCUCAACGGCUUCGUGGCCGCCUUCCUCUUCUCCAUCGAAACCGAGACCACCAUCGGCUACGGGCACCGCGUCAUCACGGACCAGUGCCCCGAGGGCAUCGCGCUGCUGCUGCUGCAGGCCAUCCUGGGUUCCAUGGUCAACGCCUUCAUGGUGGGCUGCAUGUUCGUCAAGAUCUCGCAGCCCAACAAGCGCGCCGCCACGCUCGUCUUCUCCUCGCACGCCGUGGUGUCUCUGCGCGACGGGCGCCUGUGCCUCAUGUUCCGCGUGGGCGAUCUGCGCUCGUCUCACAUCGUGGAAGCCUCCAUCCGCGCCAAGCUCAUCCGCUCGCGCCAGACGCUCGAGGGCGAGUUCAUCCCCCUGCAUCAGACCGACCUCAGCGUGGGCUUUGACACGGGCGACGACCGCCUCUUUCUCGUCUCGCCACUGGUCAUCAGCCACGAGAUAGACGCCUCCAGCCCCUUCUGGGAGGCGUCACGCCGCGCCCUCGAGAGGGACGACUUCGAGAUCGUGGUGAUCCUUGAGGGCAUGGUGGAGGCCACUGGGAUGACAUGCCAAGCUAGGAGCUCAUAUCUGGUGGAUGAGGUGCUGUGGGGUCACCGCUUUAUGUCCGUACUGAGCCUGGAGGACGGCUUCUAUGAGGUGGACUAUGCCAGUUUCCAUGAGACCUUCGAGGUACCCACCCCUUCCUGCAGUGCCCGAGAGUUGGCUGAAGCUGCUGCCCGGCUUGAUGCUCAUCUCUACUGGUCCAUCCCCAGCCGGCUGGAUGAGAAGGUGGAGGAGGAAGGGGCGGGAGAGGGGCCGGGCUGGGGGAAUGAAGGAGACAAGGAGAAGAAUGGCCGCUUGCCCCCUCCAGAGAGUGAGUCCAAAGUGUAGCUAUAGCCAGAGGAGGUAGGAUACACCCCUCCCCCACUACCUCCCAAUUCCCAGUGUCAGACAAAUAGCCAGGAUCAAGACAGACGGGAAGAAUGGUCACAGAGAGGCCCAGGCAUAAAAGAGAAAAAGACUUAAGUAUCUAGAAAGGUGUUGAAAUUCAGUGAGCCCCUUUAGAAUUUCAAGUCUAAGAUCCACUCUGGGGAGAGAGUGCUAGUGCAGGUGUUGGGGAGGGGGUGAUUAAGAAUGCAUUUGCCAUGGAGAUAGAGUGAGUGGAAUAGGGGUCAUGGACCAUUGCAUUUAUAUUUCUAAUUAUCUGUUUAAAGAUGGACACACAUUUGAGUCACCGAGGGUCAGAUCAGUAUUUGGGUGAGAGGGCAGGGGGAGAGAGAAAUAAUCUAAUGAGAAAAUAACUAGAUGGGGAAUUGGGAUUUUUAUGAGAAGAUGGGUAGAGAAAUGGAUGAAGUGAUAAAAUUAGGAUUAGAUUGGAUUAAGUUGUUGAGUGGAUGGGGAUAGGGAAUUGUAUGGGAAGCUGAGAGGGUGGAUGGAUUGAUCGAAGGACAGAGACAGAAAUACAUGGACAUUAGUUGAGUGAGUAGGAGUGAGUGGCAGAAUGGAUAAGAAUGUUGAUAAAUGGAAAAACAGAAGGGAGAGAGAGGAAUAUAGGAACUCCUCCUGCCCCAUGCUGGUAAAGCAGAGAGCUCUGAGUUGAGGUUAGAGAGAAGAACUGUGCUUGAGGGGUAGAAAGAGUGACCCGUGGGUAGCUGGCUCUUCAGAUGGGCUUUUAAAAAACUUCUAUAUUAAGAGAAUUAUAUGUAAAUACAGAUCUAUUUUUUAAUGGUGGGGUGGGAGGGGGUGGUAAAGCCUUGGGGGUGAUCCCAACACUAGCAGGUAACUCCAGUGCAGUUGGGGAUCAGAGGAGGCUCUUCCUGGAGAGAAGAGAGGGCAUUCGAGUGGUGGUGAACCUUCAGACAGGGUUUCAUAAGCUGGAACUGAAGAAGGAGCCUCUUCUAUCACUUUUGUCACCAUUGAGCAAGAUGAAAGACAGAGGAAAGAGAUCAUCAGUGCUAUUGACUAGGCACCAACUGUGUGCUGAGUCCUGACCUGGGAAUCACAGAUAGAGGCAAUAGGACCUGAGAAGAACUAGCCACUCUCCUUGCCCUCUGUUUGGUAAGAAAGCAUACACACGUGGAAAAGGCGGAAUAGACAAUGUGCCAAUCCAGGAAAAUCAGUAUAACUAAGACUGAGACCAAGUGCUAAGCGGUGCCCAAUAAUGAGCAUGCAAGUUGGGCAGGGGCAGUGGUCUUGGAAGGCACCUUUGAGCGGAGUUCUACAACAUUUAGGGCUCUGCGAUGGUGGGCAAAGAGGCUAGAGUGAUUACCCUGAGUAGGACGAAUACAUAGAAUUCAGGAGGUGGGAAUGGGAGCGGACCAGCUUGGCAGAGCCAGGUGAGACGGGCUCCCUGAGCAUAGUGGGAAGAAGGCCUUGAAUUUCAGGAUUAAGAAUUUGGAUUCUGCAGAGUUGGUAUAACCAUUGAUGGUUUUUCAACAGCCCAAUAAGCAUUGAUUAAGUUCUUGUUAUGUGCCAGGCACUGGGGUGACAAAAAUGACAAAAAUGACACAGUACCUGCCCUCGUGGGGCUUGUAUUUAGUUGGAGGGAGAUGACAUGCACAGAGAAGUAAAUACAAAUAUAGGGAUAAGGACCAGACCAGUGUUUUCACUAGACAUGGAAACUCCCUGUCCAAUUCCUUUUACCAGUGUAAUAGUUGACACCUUCUCUGCAAUGUAUAAUCUUAUCGAGAUCUCUGAAAAGAGUAAGUGACUUACCUAAAUCCACUUUGCACUGCCUUCCUAGAUUCAGGGCCAGCUCUAGUCAUUAUGCUUAUACUUAAGUAAAGAUGCAGCAAGUGGGGAGGAGGAGGGUGCAGAGAGAAACACAAAACAGCAUGGGGAGUCCUGGAAAGGCAUCCUCUAGGAUGUGGCGCUUGAGCUGAGCCUUGCAGAGAGCUAGGGAGACCACAAUGUAAUGAUGGGGAAGUAGAGCAUUGCAGAAAGCAGGAGGAAGGGAGUGGGGAUGGAGGGGAGGAUCGGCCAGGGCAGUCCAUGCCAAGGCAGAAAGACAAGAGCAGGAUAUUCGUAGGGAACCAACAGCAGGGGAGUGACACUGAAUUAUGAUGGAAGUGUGCUUUAGGAAGAUUUGUAGGGUGAAUUGGAAGGGAGAGAAAAAGGGGGCAGGGACCUCAGGAGGCAAUGAGGAAGCAGUUGCAUUAACCCAUCCAUGAGGGGACUGAAGGAAAUGGCAUUUAAGUUGGACUUUAAAGGUUUAGAGAUUGGAUUCAAGCUUGGGUUAAUCCCCUGGGACUGAUUCCUCUGAGGAGAGAGCACCUGAAUUCAAGUGGUGAACAUGGAAAGGGAGUCAAAUCUCUUGAAGGAGAGGGAUGACCAGGAUGUAGUAAUGGAUGGAAUAAGAGGAAUGUAACAGAGAAAAGAUUCAAAGAUGAUUUAGACUGUGACUAUGGCUUGCUGUCUGUCUGUGCUGCUCUGACCAGGAGCCCUCCCCACCCAACUCAUCUCCCUUUCAUAUCCUCUCAUGCCCUGCCUGCCCUUCCCAUCCUCCUGACCCAGUAAUUAAAAGAGUAGAGACCUGUGGGACCAGAUCAUGAGUGAUAAGGGUGAGGGCAAAGCUCAGAUCAUAAGGUGUGGUGAGAGGAAGGCAAAACCUCUGGGGCCCAUCUUAUUAAAGGAAGUGGAAGAAAACAAGAGCACUCACAGCUUGGUCCUACCUACCCCCAGAAGGGAGUGGGAAAAAUAUAUGACAGUACUGUCUUAGUAAGGGUCAUUUGCUUCACAACUGUGACUUCAUACUCACGCCUGCUCUUUAAUAAACUUACAGCCCCUCUGGGGAGAAGAACCCUA